AGACACUGCCAGCCAUAUCCUGCCUCUGAAAAAUAUAACAGUUUUUUAGCAUUUUUUAACGCACAAAGAGCAGGCUUGCCUCGCCCUAUCUGCCCAUUUUUUCUUGUUCAGACCAAAACGACGCCGUGUUUCUUUGUCAGAGCGGGACAAAAUGGUUUGCGCCGAGCAGGAUAGGAGGACCGUUCAGCUGCUGAGCGCGCUCCUGCUGCUGCUGUCGCUCUCCGGUUGUUCAAGCAUGGAUGUGCUAGUGGCCAGCAAGAUCAAUGCACUGAAUGGAACAACGGUCAAAAUCUCGUGCACAUUCACUUCCUGUUAUAAGAUGGAUGUCACCAAGUUUGCCAUGAACUGGACCUACCAGGAAACAUUAAACGACACAGAAGAGAUGUUUAUGACAUACUACAGUAAGAAGGGAAUGGUGCCUCUGCGUUCAGACCGUUUUGGGGAGAGAGUUGUGUUUGCCGGGAAUUUGGAAAAGAACGACUUGUCAAUCACUCUAUCAGAUGUCCAGCUGAAGGAUGAGGGCUUUUACAACUGCUAUGUGAGAAAUCCCCCAGACCGCAUCCAGGGACAUGGUGUCAUACAGCUCAACGUUGUCACCGAACUUCCCCCUCCUCGGGACUCAACCAUUGCAGUUGCGAUUGGGGCAUCAGUAGGCGGAGCAUUGGCUCUGGUCAUCCUGUCCAUGGUCGUUGUGAAAUGUCUCCGUCGACACAGGAAACAGGAACUGAUGUCAGAGGAAAAGAUGGAGGAGGAAGGGAAACUUGAAGCCGAAGGUGUUGCAGAGGAGGGAACCAAACAGGUAUAACGUGGUCAGCAGACUGAGCCAGUGGCCUGUGGAGCUCUCCCCUCCCCCUCUGACAUGCGUACCCCCUACCUGAAGAUCUAUAGUAACCACUGCUUGAAUCAUCAUCCCGUGAUUCCGUCCACCUCCUUCUGCAUGUGAAUGUCUGUGUGUGUGUCGGUGCGCGUGUGCUUAUGUCUGAGUGUGAGAGAGUAUUUCUACAUGUCUGUGUGUCUGUGUGAGGUGUAUUUUUGCUCCUUGAAAGAAGCCAGGGAACUUUUCUCCACAGCUGUCUGCUCUCCUGCAUCCCCACACGUCACCACUUUACAUAUCACUUUCGCACUAGCUGCAACUAGACAUUAGCAACAUAGACAUCCGACCUUCGCACUACCAAGCAUGCCAUCAUCUUAGCAAACUCCAAGACAGGCACCUGUCCGCCUAGGACAGCCCUGUCUACAGGAAUGACAACAGUGUGUCUGUAUAUGGAUGAUAAUAAAAAAUAUAAGAUGACUUGUGGUAUGCACAGAUAUAGUACAUUUUAGUUUCAAUCACUAUUAUUGAUAUGGACUAUGUGUUUCUUUGUAUUAGAGAUAUAACUUUCACAAUUUUGCACAUACAGUGGAAAAAAUAUGGAUGACCAUGUUGAAUAUUCUUUCAGACAUCUCUGCUACAAUCCAAACAAAACAAGCAAUAGUACCAGAUGAGGAGAAGGGAAGGGGACAUCUUACCAAAUUUGUUGAUCGUAUGAUGGUAUAUUUUUUUCUUUCUUUCUUUCUUUCUUUCUUUCUUUCUUUCUUUCUUUCUUUCUUUCUUUCUUUCUUUUCUUUUCUUUUCUUUUCUUUUUUUUGACUUACACAUGAAGCAAAAUAUACUGCAGAAACAUGUAGGCAUGACAUGUGACUGCUUGCAUGCAAUCCAUGUUGCGUCCCGCCUUUACUGAUGAUAGUACUGGAAAUAUAGAAAAGAUUGUAGCUGACCAGAGUAAAGCACACAGAAACACACUGUGUGACCAAAGACCAAUGAUACAUACAGUAAGUAGUAAGAUGAGGAAUUAGAUUCAAUCAUUAGAAUUCAAAAACAAAUGGUGAGAGAUGUUUAUAAAUAGGAACUAUAUAAUGUAUGAUUAAGAAUGUUUCAUAUGCGUAAAGACCAUGAAAUGUUUACGAUAUUCAUCAAACAAAAUAUAAAGUUGAGGUGAUUGAUAAAGAUGUAAACAAUAUGAUUUUUUAUAAGAUACAUUAAAGGAAUAUAUAAAAAGUAGUUUAUCAUUUAUAUGUCAGAUGUAAACUAUAUGAGAUGCUUGUAAGACAUUUUACAUAGUAUAAUGAUAUUUGUUUAUGAUUGUAAGAAGAUAUAUGAUAAUUAAUUUAAAUAACAUUAAAAUAUUUACAUUAUUGUGAGAUAAUUAUGAUGAAGACAAAUGAUCUAUCAUGCUCUCUAGGUGACAUUAGAUAUUCAUUUUAUCUUGUGUAAAUAAAUGAUUUAUGGAGCCUUGUUUUCUAUAAUUUGUUCCCUUUCCUACCACAACCCAAAGCCUGACCCUGACUGAAUCUAAUCCCUGACCUAUUAUAAUUAUUUUAAAAUCUCAGACCAACAGAGAGGGUUUAUUGACCUGCAUGUUCUAGCCCUGCUUUAGAACAUGGUUAUACAGUGUCAUCAUGCUCCAAAACCAGAUAAAUUAGAUGUUUAAGCAAUGAAAGGAUUGUACUGUAUUAUACAGAAUGCAUGUUGAAACUGAGCAUAGCCAAAAGCAAAAAAAAAUGUGAUGUAUAUAACAGUGAGGAAAAAAAAUAAUAUUCAGUCAAAUUUUAAAAUAAAUGAGACGGCAGAAGUUCUGGAGCAAUCAAUCAAUAAACCAAUAUUGUAGCUUACCUGGAGUUACAUUUCAGUUUCAUCAGAUUUUUAAUAUGCGAGGCCCUGAUUUCUAAAAUGCUACACUCAAAUGAAUGUUCACAUAUUUCAUUUAUAUAAGUGUCAGAGGCAUGUUUCCUGCUGUAAGACAUUUCAAAAAGUUUAAGCCUUCAGAAAAAUUCACACUGUGAUAUGGGGGGAAAAAAUAAUGUGCCAUCUCGCCUCUUUUAUUAAAUGUUCUCAGAACUCAUUCCCUUUUUUUUUCUCGAGAGGAACCAUAGCACCCAAUAAAAACCCUUUAACCCCUUAUUGUUUUGUAGUGUUUACUUGUCAUAAAUUAGGCCUGCUUUAUCUCCAAAGUCAUGCCGGUAUAUUUUCUUGGUUUUGUGGUCUGUUUUGUUUUUGUGCUUCAUUGCUGCAUUCAGUUGUGCUUGGAAGUGGAAAUGAUAAACGUCUAAGUUUGUAUUCACAACCUCUGACUAAGGAUAAGCCAGAUAGUCAGGAAAUCACACUUUAAGUUACAGAAAAUUUGUUAGUAUGAACCCAGUACCUGUGAUAGGGUUAGAGAGAGGAUGAGCUCAGUUCCACCACAAGCAAGCUGGUGUUAUGUUGUUCUCCAUUCCCAAUGAAUAAGAGCAAAGGAGAAAAUGUUUUCUGCCCCCACCCCAAGCCAUCCAGCUCUGACUACAGAUCCGAACACAACUAUUCAGGCUGGGCUUUUGGACGCAGUUACGAUUGUGACUGUGAUGUAGUUGGCACAGGCCUGUGUCUAAUCUAAAUGUGUUUUAGUGCUUUUGCAUGGAAAAAUAUGGAUACCCACAUAGAAAUCCCCAGGAAACUUUACAUGGCAAUUGUUCAAACUUGCCGAGCAUAUUAAGAGGAUCAUCAGUUAUUACCAUGUCGCUGGUGACAAUAAGUGGCAUGUAAGUAGGGGCAAACUGUCUUCCUCAUGAAAAAGUACAAUAGUCUAUAUGCUGAAAUGACAGUUCCCGGCUCAAGAACAAAUGUAUGGCAGUUUGAUAAAGUAAAAACUGUUGGAAAGAGAAAUCUGUGGAAAACUUGGGCUACACUGUUCCUACCUGGGCUUCCAUCCAGGAAUCCUGAUUUGAAUUCUGUUUGACAUUUCAGAGGAGGAAAAUAUGUGUGUGUUUGUUUUCUCAACCUUCGAGCACAAGUGCAUGCAACAUAACUCCAACCAGCACUCAUUUAAUCAUGAUGGAGAUCACAUAGUGAGAAUAGGAAUAGGUCUGUGUAAACCUCACCUUAUCAAGAUGGCAUAUGGAAAAAAAUGUGUGGCUGUUACAAAAGAUGCACUGCUUGACUAUUGUAUGGUGAAUGGCAAGCUGAAUGUUGAAGACAUUGCUUUGAUAAAACACAUUUAAUCACCGCAUAUGUUUUUCAUAUUACACAGCAUGUCUAGUUUGUUUACCUGUGAUGUUCUAUGAUGUUAUAAACUGUUGUGAUGAAGAGACUAGCUACACUGACAAAGACACCAUUUAACAGUGGCAGCGAUGAAGAGCAAGUCGACUGAAAAGCCCCUGACAAACUGGUGAAAUUUCUCACUCUGCAUCUGUCAUAGAGUUUGCAUUACUUUUUUUAAUGUCUUAGCCGGAUUAGCUAUUUCUUUUAUCUACAGUACUGUGGUUAGUUAGUUAAUCUGGUGUGUUACCCUUGCCAAACCUUUGGGUGAUGCUGUUGGAGAAAAAGGUACACUGACCAUUUUUGACAAUGUACUAUAUUGUGAGAGCUAAUCCUUCAUUGAGGUCUUAGUUUUUUUUAAUAAUGUUUUAUAAUGUCUCUAAUUUUUUUUUUAUAUAUUUUCCAACACUGUAAGUUAUGUAUUGCUCUGAAAUUUUAGCACAUCCCUGGUAUCACAAAAAUAGUCUGUUCACAAUCUUUGUUGGUGUAUUAAUAAUAAUAAACAGUGAAAAUUGGUCAUUUUACACAGUGCCAAUUAUUUGGUGAGGAACAACGUCAGAGAGACAAUUUGACAAUUUAUCAGGACUACUGAACUGGUUUACAAAAUCCUUAUAAUUAAGGGAGUUGCUUUAGCUGGGGAAAGCCCUAAUUCUGUCACAUUAACUGGGACACUGCCUGUCCGUGUGUGAUCAUGCAUGUUUUAAGCUGCAGGGUCCAUGUGCUGGACCUUCAAGGUGAUGACAGGUAAACAUUUGGGGUAAAUUUAGUGCACUUUUAACCGAGAAAGUUUGCAGGCAAUAUUCCUUCAUGAAUACUGUAUAUAUUUCAACAAACUAACAUAUCAUUUUCAUAUCUAGCCGAGCAUAGUCCAGCAGAAUUGUUAAAAGAAAAAAAACAUAUCACCAUGUACUAGAGAGAUUUAUCAUUGUGCAUCAUAUGCUACCCUUUUUCUGACUAUGAAUUUGCCCUAAAUAGUUGCUUGAGUAUCACUUAAAAACAACAGUCAACACCAAACUUAUGCUUGCACUGUGCUGCCUCUGCACAAGCAGUUGUCGCCACAGUAUGUAUUUUGAAAUAAAGAUGAUUUAGAACAAUG